GCUACACUACUUCCAUCAAUCUUUCAAGGAGAAAAUGGUUGGAGCUGAAUAUAUGACACACUUCCUAUAUAUGGCUUUGAUCUUUGGUGCAGAACAAAAAUCAACAACAACAAAACAAGAGAAGUUUACUGCAACUACAUCAAAGCCAAAUCAGGUAUAUGAUGGGAGAAGAUCAAAUACUAAUAAACAACAUAACUGCAACCCAAAACCCAAUUGCCUCUCCAUCACGGAAAAGAUCGAAUGGUUAAAUGACCCCAAGAAUCCAGAACAUUCCAAAAACAAGACACAUUUGAAAGAUCGCAACAGAGAGGAGACAGAAUUUAUAAUUGACAUUAUCAACAUAACCUCUACUAAUGAAACUAAGAUCUGGAUACUUCAGAAUCUUGACAUAGCUGUGGUUAAAAUAGACGUAAACACGACAGAUGAUCUUAUACAAAUCAACGCUUCAAUGCUAUUUAAUGAUACGCAAGCAGCACAGAUAUGGAUCCCGGUGGAGACUUUCCAAAACUUCUCAGAGGAAGAGCACAAAGUUGGUGUAGUUUCUUACGACUCUGGCGACCAAUUUACCCUUGAACUGGAAAAUGCAGUUAUUGUAUCUAAAGUCACACGGAUUGAAGUUCCUGGACAUGACAUUGUGAAUUUGACCGAUCCACUUAGAAUACAUUUCCCGGUCAAUAUGACAACUAACAACGGCAACAAUUAUUCAUGUCAGUUCUUUGACGAUAAAGAUACUAUCUGGAGAGAUCAUGGCUGUUCCACCAGAAACAUCAGAGAUUAUGUUGUGGAGUGCUCAUGUAACCACAUGACUGCAUUUGCUGUGCUUCUGGUUGAGUUGAAGAACACAGAUGAAGAGCACUGGACAAUCCUGUCGUACAUCAGCUACAUAGGCUGCGGUCUAUCUGCUGUAUUUUCUGGUUGCUCCAUAUUGACCUUUAUUAUCAACAGUAAUGGCAGGAAAGUAGUGUCCAGGAGCAUCCAUGUGUCUCUGAGUGCCGCGCUGUUUCUCCUCAACAUCACUUUUAUGCUCAGCGAGUGGGCUGCCACAAUAAAUCAAGACGGAGUGUGUGUGUUUGUCGCUGUGGCGAUACACUACAGUCUGCUGUGCUGUUUCACCUGGAUGGCCAUUGAAGCUUUGCACCUCUACCUUCUUCUGGUCAGAGUGUUUAACAUUUACAUCCAGCACUACAUGGCCAAGCUCUCUCUGAUUGGAUGGGGAGUCCCAGCUAUUCUAAUUGGAGGUUUACUUACAGUUAGCAGUCACCCUUUGUAUGGUACUAAAAAAAUCACAUUAUCAGAUGCCAAUAAAACAAACGAAAUUUGCUGGACAACAGAGGCUCCCAUCCCAUAUGCGGUGAACAUUUCCUACUUUGCCUUCAUAUUCCUGUUCAACACCGGAAUCCUGAUCACAGUUUCCUUAAAGAUCUUCAUGCUUCGUAAAGCUGACAAAAAUAGCAAAACGGUGAAUGUCUGCAAGAAUGUCAGCACAGUUCUGGGCUUAAUGUGUCUGUUGGGUAUCACAUGGGGUUUGGUGUUUUUCACGUCUGGAUAUACAAACUACCCCAUUCUCUACCUGUUCUGCAUCUUGAACUCGAUGCAAGGGUUUUACAUCUUUCUGUGGAUGUGUCUGACAGCAAGGCCUGAAAAACAGCAAGCAGAUCAAAAAUCUACAUUCACUGUGGACACCACUGACAAUUAUAAGCAGAAUUCCUGAAACCUAAAACCACUUUUCACAACAACAGGGUUUUUUUGAUAAAUCGAUCUUAAAAUAGGUCAAGGCAUUUCACUAUAGUUUCACUAUUUACCCUACAGUUUAAGUUGCUAAAUGAAAUAUUAAAGGGCUUUGUCAGAGCCUGUGGCCAUGUGGAAGGUGCUUGUGGACAGUGCUCUAGACAGGUCGCUGUCCUCUGUAGAGAAUUUAGCAUAAGCCAAAUGGUCGGAGUCAUUGAAAGAAGAGCCAUCAACCCCCUUCACUCCCCUUUCUCCUGGUUUCUUGAUACCAUCAUCAAAAGACCAGAGUCAAAAACCUCUCACUGAGAGUUUUGAUAACCUUUCGUUUCUCUGUUGGAUAUUUUACGACUCCUAAGCUUCAAAGCAGAGGGGAGAAGUCUCUCUGUCUAAUCUGAAACUUGGCUAACCAGAGAAACUUCUCUGACAAAUAGGAACUUGUGUGAUUCAACUGUCCUUUUCUAUAAAUAUAUCUAAAUCUAAAUAUCUAUGUUAUAUGUUGUCGCUCUUGCCAUUUUUAAAUAAUCUGUAAUUGUUAAAUAGGCAAGUUAAUUUCGGCUUUGUUUGUAUUCGUACCUCCGAAUAAAUCAUGACUUGAUGCAAUUCAAACCUUAGCAUAUUUGAUAUAUAAAUGUUUGUCUUUACAAUUCCUCCUUGUUUACAUAUAUUGUGUGACCAUAGAACAUUCUCUUUUUCAUUAUGUUAUCAUUUGGAAUGGUAUUUUGUAAAGUUGCCAGGAGGUCAUAAAGAUGCAAAUUAGCUGUUAAGUGGACAAAGAACCUCUUCCCUGCUCAACUCUGAUUGGUCGAUUCAAACUCAGGUGGGCAUGCCCUUGUUUCGUGGCGUCUCUUCGGAGACUGCCCUGAAUCCCCCACCCCCACUGGGGAAGAAGAAGGAACAAUGGACUCUGCUGCCACGUGGCUAGGCCAUGCGGCCGAUCACGAGGCCCACAACUUUCUGCAGGACUGCCUUCUGAAACCUUUUGAACAAUUCCAUCUCUACAUGUGCAUACGGGUAUCGGUCCAGCACAGAGCUUGCAAGUCCGUUUCUAUUUAUAGAAUAGCUGCGUUAAGUCUGUGCCUCUUUGUUAAAGAUGAUUUUUAUUGGUGUUCAGAAAUCGCUGCCAUGCCCUCUCUCUCUCUCUCUCUCUCUCUCUCUCUCUUUCUCUCUCCUCGCUUCCUAGCGCAUUUGUGUUUCAUGUAUUUGUUUGUUUUAUGCGAUCGUCAUUGUUUUGUUUACCAUGUAGAGUAGAGUUUAAUAAACAA